CCCUGAGAGAGACCCGUAAGUACAACCUGGGGGACAGGGAGGCCCUGCAGAGCAGCCCUGGGGCUCUGGAACAUUUCCACAUGAAACUUUUCCGGGCCCAGAGGAACCUUUACCUGGCUGGGUUCGCCCUCCUGCUCUCCUUCCUCCUGAGGCGUUUGGUGACGCUGAUCUCGGCCCAGGCCUCGCUGGGCGCCUCCAGCCAGGCCUUCCGCAAGCAGGCCGAGGGCGCCAGCCAGGCCGCCCGCAGGUACCUGGAGGACAACGACGCCCUCAGGAAGCAGCUGCAGGAGUCGGGGGGCCCGUCCCCACCCGUGACGGGGCGAGACCCUGAAGGCCAAGGUGGAGUUGCUCAAGGAGGAGCUCGAGAGCAGCAAGAGGGCCCUGGAGAAGGCGGAGAACGAGGUGCAGGCCAUGCGGCGCCAGGCACAGGGUCUGACCCGCGAGUACGAUCGGCUGCUGGAGGAGCACGCCCGGCUCCAGGCCGCCCACGACGGACCCCGGGACAAGAAGGAGGAGUGAGGGGGCCUCCAGCCACGCCCACCGGCGGCGAGACCACGCCCCCUUAAACCAAAACCACGCCCACUUCAGAAGACCACGCCCAUUUCUGCAGGCACCGCCCACUCUUGCCAAAACCCCGCCCCAAACCACGCCCCCCGUGACCAAACCACGCCCCCUCUGUUCAGGCCACGCCUCUUCGGGACCAGGCCACGCCUCCAGCCUUUUUUGGGUGG